AUGUAUACUAAAAGAUGCUAUUUUACAGGUAAUUUACCACCCAUCACCAAUGCUCCAAAGCUUGAGAUUCUUGUAUUGUGGGGAAAUAAACUUAGAGGAAACAUUCCCAACUCUAUCUCCAAUGCUUCCAUGCUGAAGGAACUAGACUUGGGAGAUAACUUAUUCUCUGGCCCAAUCCCUAAAACGCUUGGCAACUUAAGACACCUUGAAUGGUUCCGAAUCGUAAACAAUAAUUUGAUCACAGGAUCUGCUACUGAUCAUGAGUGGAGCUUUCUUUCUUCUUUGACGAAUUGCAAGCAUUUGAAAAGAAUAAUUGUUUCAGGAAAUCCAUUGAGUGGCGUUCUUCCUACUUAUAUCGGGAACCUUUCAAAAUCCCUUCAAUACUUUUAUGCCUCUAAUUGUGAGCUUCAAGGCAUUAUUCCUAUGGAAAUAGGUAACUUAACCAACCUUUUGCUUUUACAACUUCGCCAUAAUAAAUUAAGUGGAUUCAUUCCAGCAUCAAUAGGAGGACUGCGAAAUCUCCAAGCUCUAGAUCUUUCCUCUAAUAAAUUAGGAGGGCCCAUCUUAGAAAGCCUUUGUGAUUUGGAGAGACUAUACGAGAUGUCUUUAGGGUUGAAUAAGCUGCAUGGAUCCAUACCCUCUUGUUUGGGUAAUUUAACUUCUUUGGGAUAUCUUUACUUAGAUUCCAACAAAUUGAGUUCUACAAUACCCUCAACUUUGUGGAAUCUUAAAGAUAUCUUAGAAAUAGAUUUAUCAUCAAACCAUCUUCACAAUUCACAUGCUAUUGAUGUUGGAAAUUUGAGGAGUCUACUGAAACUAAAUUUUUCAAGGAAUCUUCUCACGGGCGAUAUCUUAUCCUCAUUUGGGGGUCUUCAAACUUUGGUUUCAUUAGAUUUAUCAAAUAAUAUACUACAUGGUCAUAUCCCUGAAUCAUUUGAUGGGUUGACUAGUUUGGAAUUCUUGGAUUUAUGCAAUAACAGUCUCUCUGGAGUCAUUCCCAAAUCUUUGGAAAAGCUUUUACAUCUAAAGUAUUUUAAUGUGUCUUCCAAUAGACUUGAAGGGGAAAUUCCCAGCAAAGGAUGUUUUUCAAACUUUUCUAGUACAUCAUUCAUGAAGAAUUAUGCUCUUUGUGGUCCACCUAGAUUGCUAGUCCCACCUUGCAAAAACGACAUCCACAAGAACUCUCAAAUGAUUAUAUUGCAUGCUUUUAGGUAUGGUUUACCAACAAUUGGUAUUGUCGUAGUACUAAUAGUCUUAACUAUUAUGUAUAGAAGAUGCCAAAGGAGGAGUACAGCUUUACCAAUUAAAGAUGAUUUGUUGUCUUUGAAGACACCGAGAAGAAUUUCACAUGCUGAACUUUCACGAGCAACUAAUGGAUUUGAGGAAAGCAAUAUGCUUGGUUCAGGGAGUUUUGGAUAUGUAUAUAAAGGGAGGCUUUCAGAUGGAAUGGAAGUUGCAAUAAAAGUUUUCAAUUUGCAAACAGAGGGAGCAUUUAGGAGUUUUGACAUUGAAUGUGAUGCUACGCUUAAUAUAGUUCAUCGUAAUAUUGUGAAGGUCAUUACUUGCUGCUCAAGUGUUGACUUCAAAGCCUUGGUGCUUGAUUACAUGUCUAAUGGAAAUCUUGAGAAAUGGUUACAUUCUGAAAAUUGUUUCCUUGAUAUCAUACAAAGGGUCGACAUAAUGAUAGAUGUUGCGGUAGCUAUAGAGCACCUCCACAAUGGACAUCCAACACCUAUAAUUCAUUGUGACAUAAAACCAAGCAAUAUUUUACUAGAUGAAGACAUGGUUGCACAUGUUGGAGAUUUUGGCGUUGCCAAAUUGUUGGGAGAAGGUGAAGUAAUGAAGCAAACCAUGACUCUUGCAACUAUCAGGUAUAUGGCACCAGAAUUUGGAUCAGCAGUAAUUGUUUCUAUAAAAUCUGACGUCUUUAGUUAUGGGAUCGUCCUUAUAGAAACUUUCACAAAGAAAAAGCCAACUGAUAAUGUUUUUGUUGAAGAAGAGAGUAUAAGGCAUUGGAUGGAAAGUUCAUUGCCUAAAGGAGCAAUAGAAAUUGCAGAUGUUGAUUUAUUAAGAAGAGAGGAUGAGUACAUUAUUGUUAAAGCAAAUUGUAUUUCAUCUAUCAUGGAGUUGGCUUUGAAUUGUUCAAAUUGA